GCGCCCUCGCGCCCGGCCCCGGCCCCGCCAUGCGGCCCCCCGCGCCGCCCACCGUGCUGCUGCCGUCGGAGCGCGCCGUGGUGCUGCUGUCGUGCGCGCUGUCGGCGCUGGGCUCCGCGCUGCUGGUGGCCACGCACGCGCUGUGGCCGGACCUGCGCAGCCGCGCGCGGCGCCUGCUGCUCUUCCUCUCGCUGGCCGACCUGCUCUCGGCCGCCUCCUACUUCUACGGGGCGCUGCGGGACUUCGCGGGCUCCUCGUGGGACUGCGUGCUGCAGGGCGCGCUCUCCUCCUUCGCCAACGCCAGCUCCUUCUUCUGGACCGUGGCGAUCGCCCUCUACCUCUACCUCACCAUCGUGCGGGCCGUGCGGGGCCCCGGCGCCGACCGCCUGCUCUGGGCCUUCCACGGCGUCAGCUGGGGCGUCCCGCUGGCCAUCACAGCGACCGCGGUGGCCCUGAAGAAGAUCGGCUACGACGCCUCGGACACCUCGGUGGGCUGGUGCUGGAUCGAUCUGGAGGCCGAGGACCGCCUGCUCUGGAUGCUGCUCACCGGGAAGCUGUGGGAGAUGCUGGCCUACGUCCUGCUGCCUCUCCUGUACCUCCUGGUCAGGAAGCACAUCAACAGGGCGCACGAAGCACUGUCCGAGUACCGCCCCAUCUGCGAGGGGCCCCACCGGCACCUGCGCACCACGUCCUCCGUGGCCGAUAAGAAGCUGAUCCUCAUCCCGCUCAUCUUCAUCUGCCUCCGGGUCUGGAGCACCGUGCGCUUCGUCCUCACCCUCUGCGGCUCCCCGGCCGUGCGCACGCCCGUGCUGGUCGUCCUCCACGGCAUCGGGAACACCUUCCAGGGAGGAGCCAACUGCAUCAUGUUCGCCCUCUGCACCCAGGCCGUCCGCUCGCGCCUCGUCUCCCUCUGCAGCUGCCACUGCUGCGCUCAGAGCCAGGCCUCCCCUCCCGGGGCCCCCGCACCCCCUGAGGCAGGAGACCCUCAGAAGCCCAGGAGGACCCCGGAGGAGCCUGCCCGCGCCUGAGUGGGCAGCCCUGUUUACAGACAAGGCACCCACUCCCAUGGGCGACCGAGUCCCACGGUGGCGCUCGGGCCUCAGCCAAGAGCACUGGCAGGUGCCUGGUGGGUGAGGCCAUCCAGAUCCCCGAUGGGCGUCUUGUCCAGCCUUGCUGGCCGGCGGGCUUCCCGUCCCUCUAAGCAGCACAGCCCCGAGGCCCCGUGCGGCCGCCUGGGCCCCCGGAGAUCAUCGCCAGCCUGCCCGGUCCAUUGCACAGGCCAGACAGCGCCGCCCUCCGAUGCCAGGGUGGGCGCCCCCUCGGGGGCCCGGGCUGGCACACGAGGAGCCGGGAGGGGCCUUUCAGGAAAGGCAGACACAGCCUUGGCCAUGGAAUACUGAUUCCUCCCUAAGGGCAACGCGUCUGAGAUUGGCCUUGGGUGUGAGCACAGCUUGCAGAGCCUGGGCCUCGUGUGUGCGCAGCCCCAGCACCAAAGAGAACAAAGAACAAUUACCUUGCAGCCAGGCGCGAGACACCCAUGCCUGGAACCCUAGCUAGUCAGGAGGCUGAGAUCUGAGAACCGAGGUGAGUUACCAGCAAAAAGCUGGAAGUGGAGGCAUGGCUCAAGUGGUAGCCAAAAAGCUGACUUAGAGUAAGGCCUGGACUUGCAACCCCAGUCAAAGGUCGGAGGACAUAGCAACCCGGAUCCUAUGGGGAGAGAACUAGUGGGGGUGGGGGGGGCAGGGGGAGCAGGGGCACCAGGCUUGCUUGCUGGUCUCCUUUGAGAACCCUCCUUCCGGAUUCUCAGCAUUCAGAGUUCUUGACUUCCUUGGCAGUGGACAGUUUUACAGACAUGAUCUCUGCGGGACCUUCGCUUCUAGAACAGGACAGGAGGGGCUAGGAAUGUGGCCUAGUGGCAAGAGUACUUGCCUCGUAUACA